AUGCAAGUAUUCUUUAACUACGUUUUGUUGCUAAUUGCAAUCAUAGGACUCAAUAUGUCGAUAUCGGUUCCAAUCGAAAAACUUCAGCUAGAAAAACUUCUUGAUGAGAGGGUAUUCGUGAAAUGGGUUAAUGAAUCAGGCACAACAUUGACACUAGGUUCUUGCUUGCAUGACAACAAGCAGACACCUGGUUUUUUUAUGACUGUGUUUAUUAAGCUUGCUGGUAAGAAGCAACAGACAGAUUUAUUAUUAGUUGUUCCUCCAGAUGCCGAUUUUGCGAAUGCCUCUACACCUUACCCAAUAUCGAGUAUUGAUUUAUCUCACGACGUUUCUGCUAUUCACGAAGCUGGUUUAAGCAAUGCACAGCAUGUUUUCCUUCUACAAUUCAAUCUCACCUCGAAGGGGUUCGUCGUUACAAAGAAGAAAACAACUACAAUCAGACCUCAUACCACGACUACAAACAUGUUGAUUCGUGGCCUUGAGUCUCUAUCUAAUACCACAAAUUUCAGUGUAUACAUCAGGCCAAGUACUUAUGCAAAAGUACACUUGGAAAAACUCCGUAUGCAUAUUAGUGAGACUGCAACCAAUACCUACAAAAGUAAUUUGAAGGAAAUGUAUAUUCAACAAGGGGCUAUGUUACUAGAAUGGGAUAAAUUCGUUUAUAAGAAGCAACAACGCCCAAUACCACCGCCAUAUGGUCAGCCUUCUCCGGAAGUACAAAGUCCCCGGUCACCGCCACCAUAUGCUCAGCCAUAUCCAGAAGUACAAGUUCCUCGAUCACCGCCACUAUACGCUCAGCUAUCUUCAGAAGCGCAGGUUUCUCAGUCAUCACUCGUCAUUCUCAAAGAAACGAUUGAAGAAACACCGCCUCGAUUCUCAACUAGUUCCAACUCUAUAUCGGCACAUGGCAUUUUUUCUAGCUGCGAAGAGUCAUCAGAUAGCGAAGUGAACUUGGACGAUUUCGAAAAGAAUAUCAGAGUAGACUUCAAUGUGGAUUCGGAUGAGGAAGAGCUUGCCAAGGAGCAGUUUGCCAACUUGAAUUCUCGAGAACCAAAUCAGCAAUUCGAUUAUGAUUUAGAAACGUCACAGAGACUUAAAUCGAAGUUGGAGAACUGGAUAGAAACAACACUACCGAUAAACUUCAAUAUUCACCAUCAUACACGUUUAACUACCAAGUUAUCAAUUCUUGGUAAUUGUAUUCGUAUAUCAAAUACUAGUGUAUUUGAUGUUACUUUACUUUGGUGUUCUGCAUUGUUUUUCUACGAUCCAUAUGACUCUGAUUCUGAUAAUACUCUUGGACUAUGGGGAAAGAGAAAUUCAUGGCUUAUUCGAGAUAUAGUAGAACAGAUUCAAUGGACUAAUAACAUGUGUAAUAAUACUGAAAUAAGCUCGUCAUUAUUGGAGCAGUUUAUAAAACUGGGCCAAGCUGCUCGUACUGUUGCUUUAGACAUUUUAUACAAUAAAGGCGUUUAUUUUAAACAGAAAAGUGUUUUUAUUGCUUAUGUAUUAGCGGAGUUUAGCAAGCCGAGUAGAAAGCCUGUUUCUCGAAAAAGAUUGGAGACUGAUAGCAGUGCGUCUAAGCGGGUAAAAUGUAAUUAG